ACUCAGUAGUAAUGAUAGUGUGUUUAUAUUUUUUAUAUUUAAAAGAUAUAAAAUUUUUUGAUGAAAUAUGUUGAGAUGAUAUCCAUCAAACAAAAUGUUGUCGGCAAAACUAAGUCAAACCACCGCGUUCGCUAACCACUCUGUCCCUCUGUCCAUCUUUUGGAAAAGAAGAGAACCUACGUGCGCAACGGCCACCGCCCACCACCUCAAACCUCUCGCAGCCGCUCAAUCGAACAGCCACCGCUCCUCUCCUCUCCUCUCCUCCUCUUGCCACCAUCAGCAACACCACAUCGACCAUCGGCAUUGAGGUCGUCGGAGGUGAUCGAGAUCGAUGGGUGGCGGCCGGCUGCAGGGCGAGCAGUUGAAGCAACUGCGCAACAUAUUCGAUCGCUUCGACAUGGACGGGGACGGCAGCCUGACCCAGCUGGAGCUCGCUGCCCUCCUCCGCUCCCUCGGCCUCAAGCCCGACGGCGACCAGAUCCACGCGAUGCUCGCAGGCAUGGACGCCAACGGCAACGGCACCGUGGAGUUCGACGAGCUCGCGGCGGCGCUCGCGCCCGUCAUGACCGAGCAGGCCAUGGUCGACCAGAAGCAGCUCCUGGAGGUCUUCCGCUGCUUCGACCGGGACGGCAACGGGUUCAUAUCGGCGGCGGAGCUGGCGCGGUCCAUGGCGCGCAUGGGCCAGCCUCUGACCUUCGUCGAGCUGACCGACAUGAUGCAGCAGGCCGAUGCCGACGGCGACGGUGUCAUCAGCUUCGAAGAGUUCGCCGCCGUCAUGGCCAAGUCCGCCGCCGAAUUCCUCGGCCUCACCCUCGUCUCCCAUUGAUGGCUGUUGAUACUGUUACCAUUACUAUUUCUUUUGGUUUUGGUAGCAGUGGAUUGGAGUGGAGAUCAAUAAAUGUACAGAAGCAGAAGAUGAUAUAAUGGAGUUAGGAUCACGUACAAAGCAGUCGAUGAAUCCAUACUUCUCAUUCAUCGUUCCGCAUGUGUGUAAUGAUCAUUGCAGGGGCUUUGCUUUGAUGUUUCACUGAACACUACCUUUGAUUUCUCUUUUA